AAAAAAAAACAGAGGCCCCGACUCGACCACACGCCGCCGCCGCCGCCGCCGCCGAUAAGCCUCCUCCACAUGCCCGCCGCCACCGCCGACGAGCGCGCGGCUGCCCAGCAAGAGGCGUUCCGGAGCUCACCUCUACGCUCCAAAACCAUUGGCCGCUGCCCGGCUCCCCAGCCAUGAGCCCCUGCCCACGCUUCGAAUGCCCUUUCCACCACGCAUUCCCCUCCGCCGGCUCCUAUCCCACCUCCGGCGCCGCGCUCCCCGCCCACCUGCGCCUCAGCGUAGAGCGCUCUCCUACUCGCCCUGCUCGGCGACGCUGUCGGUAACUACGACGGAGUCCGAGGAGGAGGUGGUUGUAGGUGGGGACGCGCAGCUGGCCCCUCCCCGCCAGAGCGGGGAGAGAGGUGCACCGCCUGGGCCUCUCUGGGCACGCGAGGGGACGUUUGGGGAGAACGAGGCGGAGCUCGGUCGGAAGGCCUCGAUUGCCGCGCUGUUCAGGCUCUGCCAUGAGCUGCUGUGGCAGAAGAGGUGGCGCGAGAUGCGCGGCGAGUUGGCCCAGAUGGUGGGCGAACAAGGACCUGAUUCUGCAUUGGCUCUUUGUGACAUCUUAUCACAUGGAUUCAGAGAGUGGCAUUCAUGCAGCAUUAUAUGGGAUGCUCUAGCAAAUAGUUAUGCCAGAGCUCAAAUGAUUGAUGAUGCUCUUUAUGUUCUUAGUAAAAUGAGCAGCCUAAGCAUUCAAAUCUCGGUAUCCACCUAUGACAGUUUGCUGUACAGUCUAAGAAAGACAGACAUGGCACUGGAGAUUUUUGAAAAGAUGGAGUCAUGUGGUGUCUCCCCGAGCGAUUAUUCCCAUAGCAUUCUCAUAGAUGGCCUCUGCAAGCAAGAUAAAAUUGGAGAGGCUUUAUCAUUUUUUCAGGAUGCAAGGAAAGAGGGAAAAUUCAAACCCUUAGAAAUGACCUUUAACAUCCUUAUGUCGGCAUUGUGUAAUUGGGGGUUUAUUCAGAAUGCAAAAUCAAUUUUAUGCCUGAUGUUGAAGUAUGGAUUAAAUCCGAACAGGUACACGUAUUCUACUAUUAUACAUGGUCUAUGUAAAGUAGGGUCUAUACGUGAAGCAUUUGAUAUAGGUCAGAGCAUAAUUGAAGAAGGAAUGGAACUUGAUAUUGUCACCUACAACAGCCUUAUUAAUGGCUUGCGCUUGCAUGGUCACACAAGACAAAUUCCAAGAAUUAUUGAGUUGAUGAGAAACCAAGGGUUUGAACCUGAUCUUGUUACGUAUACUAUACUGAUAGCUGGCCAUUGUGAAGGUGGUGAUGUUGAAGAAGGGAUGAAGAUAAGAAAGGACAUCUUAGAUCGAGGUUUGGUGUUGAAUAUUGUCACAUAUAGCAUCCUUAUCAAUGCUCUCUUCAAAAAAGGCCUAUUUUAUGAGGUCGAAAACCUACUUCGUGAGAUAUGCAGUAUUGGUCUGGAUAUGGAUGUCAUUGCAUAUUCCAUCCUCAUCCAUGGGUACUGCAAGCUAGGAGAAAUUGGAAAAGCGCUUCAAAUCUGCAAUGUAAUGUGCUCUUCUCAGAGGGUAAUGCUAACUUCAUUAAACCAUGUAUCUAUUCUUCUAGGCCUUUGCAAGAAAGGAUUCCUUGAUGUUGCAAGGUUGUAUUUGGGAAAUGUAGCUACCAGAUAUCAGCCAACUGAUGUAGUGCUUUAUAAUGUAGUUAUUAAUGGUUAUGCAAAAGUGGGUGAUAUUGGUAAUGCUGUUCAGCUGUAUGAUCAGAUUAUUACGGCUGGUAUGUGCCCAACCAUUGUAACAUGCAACUCUCUUCUAUAUUGCUACUGCAAGAUUGGAGAUCUGCAUGCGGCAGAGAGUUAUUUUAGGGCUAUUCAGAUAAGUGAUCUGCAGCCAACGACAGUUACAUACACCACCUUGAUGGAUGCGCUCUCGGAAGCUGGGAAAGUUCAUACCAUGCUAAGUGUUUUUAAAGAAAUGAUUGGAAAAGGGAUCAAGCCAAAUGCAAUAACUUACAGCGUAGUUGUUAAAGGACUUUGUAAGCAGCUUAUGUUCCAUGAUGCUAGGAAUGUUCUUGAUGAUAUGUAUGUACAAGGGUUUAAUGCUGACCCAAUACCUUACAACAUCCUUAUACAAGGUUUUUGUGAAGCAAGGGAUAUCAAAAUGGCUUUCCAUAUAUAUGAACUAUUGGUAUGGCGCGGACUGACGCCCACGCCUGUUACUUAUAACUUGCUUAUCAAUGUGUUGUGCUCAAAGGGAUUGGUCAUUCACGCAGAAAUGGAACUGGAGUCCUUCAGGAAACAGGGUGCUGAGCUGAGAAAAUUUGCAUAUAUGACACUUAUCAAAGCUCUAUGUGCAAAAGGAAUGCCUUGCAAGGCGAUUAUGUGGGUUGGUAAGCUUCUAGAUGCAGGGUUUGAGGCCUCUAUUGAAGACUUUAGUGCUGCAAUCAACCGACUAUGCAAAAGGCAAUUCACCAAAGAAGCUUUGAUGCUCUUACCGAUUAUGCUAUCUGUUGGUGUUUAUCCAGAUAUUCAGCUAUACUAUGUGCUGGGUACAGCUAUACGGAAGAGUAAUGAGUUUUUCUAUCUACCCAUAUUACAAGCACUUGCUACAAAAACUGGCCUUUAGUACUUGGAGCAUGUGUUUAGUUGCAAUGUCGGCCAUGUUUUAAUAGGUGGGCAUUACAGUGUUGCCCGCAGUCAAUCACUCGGUCGGUAUAUGCGUGCUUAAGCAUAAGGUAAGCUAAAGUUUUGACAUCCAUUUACAUCAUUGCAUGACAUGACUACAUGAGAAUGCUAAGAGCCUAUGAUCAUAGUUAGUAUGUGGUUCUACCACAUUUUCUUCAACAAUCAGCAUCAGUGAACCCACUCAUUUUGAUACAGUCCAUUAUCUUUUUACUCUAUAUAUAAAUGUGUAAAAUACUGGAUUUUUCUCGUGUUUUCUGAAUUCAGACUACUAUUUCUACAUUUUGCCGGCUUGCCAGACUAUUGAUCCUUAAUAUUUCUCAUGGCAUUCUGCUGUGUAUCUAUGUGGAUCACAUAAUCAUGCAGGCAAAUGCACAUUAGCUAUCCAGCUACAUCUGUGCACAAGCAAAUAUUCAGUUUCCUAGUUAAAUAAAAUGUUCAGUGUCAUAUGGAAUAACUCGCUUUAUUUGAAGAGAAGUGCUACUUUGCUUAUUAGCUAUCCAGCUACAUCUGUGCACAAGAAAAUAUAUCUUCUUUAGCGUUUUCUCAGGCAAGAAUUGCGAUCAUAAGACCGUGUUUACUGUUCAAUGGUGACACAGAGAUGGCAAGGAAACCAACUUGCUUUCUAGGUAAGUCAAAGAUAUAUUUUCCCUUCAUUGGCUGAGUUCAUAUGGACCUGUCAGUUCUACUUGACACUUUUCAUGUUUUUUCACAUAUAUAACUGGUUUAUCUUUUAGCUUAUAAGCACAGAAGGUUUAUCUUUUAGCUAUAUAAGCACAGAACUUUUGUACUGGCUGACUAAUGUCAGAUCAAUGAAUGCAUUCUGUGAAUUAAGCUCUUACUGAUAGAAAUGAUUAUCUGUAUAUAUCCUUGCAUACCAUCAAGUAUACAAGCAGGAUAUACAGUCUUACUAGUAAUAGGAAUUAAAGAAUUGGGAAGUUGCGUUAUAUCCCAUGUGACAUUUCAUCUUUCUGUUCUGUUCUCAUUCAAGAAACAGAAUAUAUGUCUGCUUUCAAUAAACAGAGUUUAGGAUUCCUCUUGUACUUCAAGAAGAAAUGCUGUUCUGUUGUUCAUUAAUCCAUUAAUGAGACAGGUUGGCAGAUGGCAUUAAGAAUUUAAGAUGGGCCAUCACUAUCGGCCAACCCUGUCGCGUCGGUGGCUGGAUUUUGUGACGAAGAAAGAUAUCAUGAUUGUAGGAGACGCAGAGAAGCUGCGGGCAUGAAGCACCGUCACCUGAAGCUGAUAUCAUGAUUGUAGGAGAUGCAGAGAAGCUGCGGACAUGAAGCACCGUCACCGAAGCUGACGGUAGGACGUGAAAUGUGUUUCAGCUUUCAAACUUGCCAGGUGCCAUCAAGGUGCCAAACAGGUUGAAUUUCUCCCACAUGACGACAAUCGCGUCUUUCGGGUGCUCACAGUGCAGGCAUCCUCGCUGAAAACUAAGUUGAUCCAGGGGAAUCCAUGAAGCAUGAAGAUCAUGCACUGUACUUUUCGGAUGUGGACGAGGACAAAGGCCAUGGCUAGGCGCCUAGGCCUCCCCACGGAAGGGCAUAUGGGCAGGGUGGCCCCCGGGAUCUCUCGUCCAAGUCCCGGAGAUCUCUUCCACCAAGCUAGCAUCUCCUGAUAUCUGCGUGAGCAUCAUAUCAGGCGCACGGCCGAAAGCCAAAACUUCAGGGCAGGGCAGGUCGGUGCUUGUCGAGUAGCUCUGAACCAUCUUACUCUUUUGUCCUUCCUGUGUCCUAGUCGUUUUCAGUCUUUACUGAAUGAGAUUCUUGUGUUCCCCCUCAUUAUCUAGUGUGUGUAAAUUGCAUACGUUGCUGUUGAUGCUGUAUAGUUACGUUGACUGCAGGUGAGAGAAAUAGCACAUGCAUAGCGAUGCACAGACUGGACAGCUGCUGAGCUGCUCAGCAUUCUAUUUUCCAUGUAACGACAAUACAUUCUUCUAUGUCCAAGUGGUGACUACAGAUUCUAUUUUUCAUGUUGGCAGUUAAAUGUACAAUAAUUGGGUAAAA